CUGUAGUUAUCAUCAUUGUUUUAGCUUCGAGAGCGUCAGAUUUUGUGAGGGUAUUGUUGAUCAUUUGCAACAUGUUGGCUGGUUGGAACUCGGUUUUAACUUAAAACCUGUGCUUGUAACGAAUGUAGGUUUGAACACAAAUGGUACAAUUUCAACUCAAAACAGGUAAUAAACUAUUGUUUGGAUUAGUUACUUUUAACGUUUUAAGAUGAAAGGUGCAAAUAGUAAAUAAGACGUAAUUUUAACGGCGGUUUAAGAAAAUAUUUGUAUUUUUUUUUCGUUUGGUACCUAUAAGAAAGUAACAACAACAAGUUAAGAAAACAAAAGAAUAAGAAUAUACAUAAAAAUAAAGAAAAUUAAAAAAAAUAUACAAAUAAAAGAUAAUGGAAAGAAAAAUAAAGAAAUAUUUCAAGUGAAAUAUGGAAAAGAAAUAUUUGAAAAAAAUAUCAAAAAUUAAAACAAAUUUAUAAAAAUAAGUGAAAUAAGUGUGCAAAACAUAUAAAAACCGGUGAAAUUUUAAAAAAAUAUGUAAAUAAAUUGUCUUUUUAUAAGAAAAUUUUAUAAAUUAAAAAAAAAAACCAUUAAAAAUCUUCAAUAUUAUUUUAAAAAUAUUUACAAAUAAAAAAAGUAUUAAAAUAUAUUUAAAAACAAACAAAAAAAUCGGUGCUCCAUAGAAGUUUACAGUGAAGUUUAAAAGAAUACAUUUUAUGUGGAUUUACUAAAACCAAAACAGCAACAAAAAAUCAACUAUAAAUUAUAAAACCAAACCUUCUCUUCUCUGGAAUUUUCAACAUCUCUGUUUUACUUCUAUACAACUCUCUUUUAUCUUCUUAAUCUUGAGGUUUGGUUUUGAAAUCACAUUUUGAAAUCAAAUGCAUAUAUUUGGAAACAAAAAACGCGCUUAGUAAACAGUGAAAGGAUAUUUUUUACAUUAUAUUUAAUUGGAUAAUGUUUAAAUAAAUAUCAUUUUCGCUAACGAAUAUUAUAUAGGAUUAAUAAAAUUGUUUAUAAUUUUUGUAUAUGAAUGAAGAGAAAAAAUCGAACAAAAAAAUCAACAAAAAAAAUACGCUAAAAAAAGUAAACAAAGAGCAGCAGACCCAGUCACUGAAAAAGCUGUCAACAAUUUUGUAAAGGUGCUUAAUAAGAACCACAACAACAACAAUAAAUACCUCUAUGGGAAUUAAUAACUUGCCAAUAAAUAAUACAACAAUAGCAACAACUAUAACAACAAAACUAAGAUAAGAUUUGCUGAAAAAAAAAUAAUAAUAGAAAAAAACGCCGAAAUUUUAUACAGUGCAACAGUUAAAUUUGCUAAACGAUAUUCCAUUUUUUGCAUUUUUAUUAGCAAAAUUAUUUGGUUUGGAAUCACACGUUAAUUUUGGUGCAUUUCUUAAUGGAAAUUAUUGCCAGUUUUAAGAAUAUUUUACGAUUUUUAGUGAUUUUCAAAACUAAAGUAUAAUCAUGGAUCACUUGGAUUUGGCAGGAGUAUUAACAACACCACCGCAAUGGAAUCUGCCGGCUUUCGAGCAACAAGAUGCAAUUUAUUUGUCUUCGUCAAGGCAAAUGCUGGAGCCUAUUAUGGAGGAGACUUCAGAGGAUGAGGAGUAUGCCUUAAAUUCCUGGCAACAAUAUGAUCAGCAAAGCAGUGAUGCUGAAUGUGGUGCCACCACAGAGGGUGAAUCGGUGUGUGGUGGUAACGGAGGAGCGGGCGGAGCUAGUUUUUGGAGUUCGGCUGAAUCGGACACGGGAUCUGUGAUAAGAAUCGAAGUAACUAAAGAUAAUGAUUCUACAUCUGAAAGAGAUUUCCUGUGUCCGGCUAAACGUCCACGCAGAUGCGAAGAGUCUUUGGCUCAAAGCCUGCCCGAAGAGGAGGUUAUUUUAAGACGUCCUUUAUAUGGUGUGGAAAAGAAUAAUAGUUUGGAGAGAUUUUUAAAUUAUGAAAACUUUUCGCGCGAUUCCUGGGGCACCAAUAGUCAACAGCGCAGCAGUGUGGGCAGUCGUCGAGGCUUCGAUGACUUCUAUUCCGAUUCGGAUUCCUUGUCCUACAAUUCCUUAAGUCGUUCUUCUAGUCUCAUACAAUUUGAGUCGUUGGAAAGACAAUUGCUAAUGCAAGAACAACAUGCCAGUAUGACCAGUUUGGGCAACUCCUCACCUUCUUUGAUGAGUUUUGAGAUAAAUGAGGACACACAAAAUAAACCAGCCUCUAACUCGGCCAAUAAUUCCGCCAAUAAUAGUCGCCGGGGCUCUCAAUCUUCUUUGCUGAAAAAAUACGAGUCUUUAGAUGGUCGUUUACAUCAGACCUAUUAUGAUUUGGAUAAAUUGAAUUUCGAUGAUAUGGACAACAGCAGCGGCGAUAAUUUCUCUAGGAAUGCUAACUUGAAAAUGGCAGAACUGAGAUCUGACUCGGAAUCUUCUUCUGAGGGUUCUGAAGGCUCCUCCAGGCCUCAAAGUGUGCUGUCGCCGGCCGAUUUGAAUGAUAAUGAGUUUUUGUUUAAAAAAUUCAAUCGAACCAAUUCCCAGCAAAGUAAAAAGGGCAAAAGCUCGGCGGAAAAUCUGUCAGAAGACUCGGGCUACUGUGAGCCUUCAUUGGGCUUUGGUUUGAGGCGCUCCAAGUCGCAAAGUUUGCUCAAAAACUAUGAGAAAUUUUCCGAAGAGGAGGAAGAAAUGGAAAAUAAAUCAUUAAUACAUGGCGGCCACAAACAAACGUUUAAUGAGCUAAACGCCGAGCAACAGCAGCAGCAACAACAACAACAACCAGCCAACAACAAACAUUCCAUUAUAAAUGAGUUUAAAAAUACAACCACGAGACAUGAAACCAUCAGCUCGCCGCCACUCUCGCCCCACCUUGAGUUCAUACGCCAUAAACAGCGUACAGAAGCACAUUCGCCAUCGCCGGUAUCAUCAGAAGUGUCGACAUCAUCGUCUACUUCCUCUCAGUCUACUACACAAAGCAACAACUCUAGCACCUCAUCUUCAUCUUCAGCAUCAUCUACAUCAUCGGCCACGACAUGCGCAUCAAAGGCCUCUUUUACUUGGCUAAUGCCGUCUGCUGCCACUACCGCCCGACAAUCGUCAAGAGUUCAUGCAGCAGAGGAGGAAAAUCAGCCAUCACAAAUUAGUAUAAACGAUCUACGUGAACUGAAAACAUCCAACGAGGAAAACGUACAAAUUUUCAGCGGAAAAUUUAAAAAUCAUAUUAAAGAAUUUUCCUCUAUUAGCCCGCCAGGGAGAGAUGAAUACGUACAACUUGUGGAAAACGAAGAUGAGUGUUUAGAGUGUAAAAAUAUCUGUGAGGAAUAUGAGCUAAAUGAGUGUCGAAAUUGUGGUGAAAAAGUCAUUACAAAACCAUUGCAAAACUACCAAGAGUAUUUUUUGAGUUGCCAAAAAUGUAAAGAAAAUUUUCAAAAUAUUAAAGAAAUUGAGUGUGGAAAUAGUGAAUUAAAUUUAAAUUGUGAAAAUUGUGGUGAAAAAUAUUUAGUGGAUAUAAAGCUCAACUCCUCCGCUGGUGGUACACUCAAUUGUGAGAAAGUGAGAAAAAAGCAAAACGAAAAAAGCACAGACAAAUGGAACUACGCGGCAGAAAGUGAACAUAGAACUGACGACAACAGUGAAACUGAUAAAAGUGGUGAAUUUGAGAAUACUGAAAUAAAUGAGAGUUUUGUUUUGGACUAUGAUUCUUCAUUUUCUACACCAGAAUCUUUAAAACGUGUACAAACUUAUGAAAAUUCCGCCCAAACUUUAAUUAAAUACCAUAAACAUUUUGAUAGUUCCUGUAGUUCUACCCCGGAAACCUCUAGACGUUUGCCGACAACUGCUGUAGCAACCCUAGGCUGUAGUGCCAGCUCUGAUAGUGAUUAUUCUCCCCUGAGAGUGCGCAAAAAUUUUAACAAUUUAAUGCCGAGUUGGCCUGUAAAAACUUCUAGCGUACCAAAUGAAUUAAAUACCAUAGGACGCAAGAAAAAACAUAAAAAAUCCAAAUUUUCCUGCUCCCCUCAACCUGCCGCCACCAGUAAUAAAUCUCCUGAGCCUUCAACAGAUAAUGAUUCUGUAAAUGAUUCCUCCCUAACCAGUAACGAGGACUUGGAUUUGUUAGCGUUGAAUUUAAAAAGAAGUUUAAGUUGGUCUUUCCAGCCCGUUUUGCAAUUAGAAAGCUCUAGCUUGUGUGUGGAAGCUAAAAAUUUGGGUAUAUUGCAUCAAUCCUAUCACAAUUUGGCCUUAUUGAAUUUGGAUUCGGAACAGGAGAAUUCGUUAAGCAAGAAAAUGGCCGAUAAAAGAAUCUCCUCCGACUAUGAAGCGGAAAUUGUUUGCAAAAAUAAUUUUCUAUUAGAUGAACUAUCGGCUCAUUAUGAUCGCACGGCUUCCAUACUAAAUGACCAGCCAAUAGAUCAAACUGAUGCCGUACUAAAAACUCCCCAGGCUCCUCAGAGACUACAUAAUCGAAAAACUUCCAAUUCUAGUUGUUCGGCUGGUGAAGAAGCCGAAGCUGAACAGGUGCAGCAUGUACAACUGGUCAUACGCAAACCACCAGCUAGACAGAAACGUAAUAAAGGCGAGGAUAAGACCAAUAGUUUGACCCAAGAUUACAGUUUUACCAGUAUUAUGCAGAGUGGCGGCAAAACUUUUGACCAAGAUCCCACUAUUUUGAAAACCAGCUAUGCCCAAAGUCUGGAGAAAUGUAAUUUUGACUGUAAGGAAUUGUCCACACAAGAUCUAAGCAAACCUCGAGCCAUACCCAAGCGCAGAUUUCAUUCCCAGGCCAAUAACUCGAAAAAGAAAAAUUUAGUCUCCUCCACACCCAAUUUAAAUGCUUACGAUUUCAAUCAUCAAGAUGAAAUUGAAGAUGAUAUGUUUGUGUCCAGUGCCCACAACUCCAUGCAUCAGCUGCCCUUGUCCCAGACCCAAAAACCCUUGGGUAUACUACUGCCCGCCGGGUCCCGUACCUCAUUUGGCAAAGAGGUCAGUUUUUGUCCCGUAGUAUCGAAAUUCUGUUGGCAAGAACAAUCCUCAGAAGAGUGUAAUGAUGGCACCGAAGAGCAUCUACAGGGUGAUGAAGAAAGUGAGGAUGAACUAUUGGAUAAUGCCGAUGCAACGGUCAUCUAUAAUACCAAAGAGAAUGAAAAUAUUGCCAGUAAAUAUCAUGAAGAGUUUUUGAAGAAAGAGCAAGAAAAUGUUUAUCAAGAGAACGGUGACGAAGUGAUCAAAGAGAAGGCUGUGUUGAAAGAGAUAAAUGGUAAACACAAAGUAGAAAAUGUUAUGCUCACUAAAGAGCAUAAUACAGAAAGAGAAAGCGAAAAUGAAAGAGCAGAGGAAUUAAAUGGAAAUGAAACACAACAAGAGCAAGUGGAAAAAGAAACUUCAAAGAUCAUUUUGGUUGAUGAUGAAAAUGAAACAAUAACUCAAAACAAUGAAACUGAGGAACAAGAGGAAUUGCUAAAGGCAGCAAUACAAUCCAGCAGUGAAUUAUUGCCAGUAGCAGUAACAACGGUUAGUUUAACAACGAACGUAAACAAUGAAACAUUAAAAACACAAACGGAUCGCGACAAUAACGAACAAAAUAAACGCGUGAAUAAUAUUACUACAAGUUUAAAUACAAAUACGCCUAACGUAAAACCAACUGUUGUGGUAGCAAGACCUUUAAGCAUACAAUUGCCCAUAUUAAGUGAACCUCCUAUUAAUCGGGCCCAUCAUAUUCUCUAUGCCUCACAGCAAAUGUUGGAUAAUUUCCAGAGGCAACAACAAAACGAAGAAUACGAACACUGCAAAUCGCAAUCCACCCAAAAUCUAAGCAGAAUGUCGGGCAAAACGGGAGACUUGCAGCCGCAACAAUGCGCCGCCACCAAUUCAAAAUUAAAUAAUAAUAAUGAAGUCAUGAAAUCGAAAUUUAAACAUGAAGAAAAACAUCCCAAUUCUAAGGGCUUUUUGUCCAGAUUUGCUAAUGGUUUUAGAUUUUCGCUCAGACGCAAUAAGAAAAAAUUACAACAAAAAGAAAAUCAACAAUUAGGAGAGGCUGAAGCACAAGAAACAAAAUCUAAUGGUUUAUCGAAUCAAAAUAAAUCAAAAUCUUUGCCGCCCAGCCAUAAACAGGCCGAUUUUAUACAUAUCCCUUUGAAGGGACCCUUGCCGGAAAACCGAAAUGGCAACUCUAAUAAACAAACUAAUGGCAAUACUGCAAAUAAUGGCAAUGUCAAAAAUACAACUAUGUUGGCUAAACAAAAAGGCGCUAAAACUAAAGAUACAAAUGAUAAGCAACAAAAAGUGACUGGAAAACCACCCAUACCACCCCAGCAACAACAACAACUACAGCAAAUGCUAAAAUUGCAAAGCGCACAAUCCUCUCCACAACAGCAACAACCAUUAGUUGAAGUUGGUCUAAGCCGUUUCUACACGGAAGCCGAAAGCAACCAACCCGCCACCGCCCACCACCCCGGUUCGGUCACGCAAGAUUUUCUAACCAGUGAACGAGAUUUGUACAACGAAAAUCACAACCAACAACAAUUUACUACCGCCACCAGUAGUCAGUCGUGUGCCAACAACCAACAAUUAACAAAUACGGAAAAUGAUGAUACAGAAAUGACGGCUGUAAAUACUAAUAAUACCGCUACAUACGAAUUUAGCUCGCCGUCGCGUGCUUCGGUCUCGCAAAAAACCCAAAUGUUUAAUAAUCUGUCGCGUAAAACGGAACAGCAGCAGCCAAAAAUCGGUCUAAUCGAGACCAAUCUGGAUACACACGAAACCAUAAUAACGGGUAAAACGCGUUCGCUAAUCAAUAUCGGUCCUAAUCAACAGCAGCAGCAACGUUUUGCCGGUAACAAACGUUUGCAUACCACCACAAAUACGCAUAGCAAUCAUCAUCAUCAUCAUCAGCAAUUUAAUCGUCAUCAUAAUUUGGAUGGCAAUGAGGCUGAUGACGAUGACUACGAUGAUAAUGACGAUGAUGAGGUGGUUGUACGUCCCGAUGGCACCGUUGUUGUUAUAAAAAAUGCCGGUUCUAGUGGUGCAUCCCAGGCACAACAAAUUGCAUCAGUACGUCGUCCCCACAAGAGUAUGGAGUUUUUAUUGGAUAAAGAAAAUCAAAAGGAUGUAAUGCCCCCCGAAAAUGAGCUACAAAAAUCCCACGAUCACAAUCCGGCCGCCUUAAGUGAACAUCAAUUGCGCAUACAAGCCUCGUUGCAACGUCUCAACAUACCCGACUGGUUCCGACAAUAUAAUCAAAAUCAAAAAUCUCCCGAUGGUGCCGGUGCCACAGGUGCUGGAACCUACAAGCCCGGUAACUUUACGCGCAAACGUACACAAGAUUCCGGCCGAUGGGUGGGAUUAAAUUCCAAAACCACAUCGUUAAGCUCUUUGGGAUCACAGAGAUCAGAUCGUAGUCCGCUACUCUUAAGUCCAUCGGCACACAGUCAUCAUGGUGGCCAGAGUACACAACAUGCGGCUCAUCAGCAAGGUCAAGCAGCUACAACCACUGCAAGUGGAGCAAGUGGUGGUGCCUUCUCCAGAUGGUCCACCUCACAUUUGAAUUCAUCACAAACAUCACCCAGUGUUUCACAAAGAGGAUCAUUUUCCCGCGGCGGUCCCAUCAACUCUAGUUUUAUGUCUGUGAACAGUGGUCACAGUGUGAUACGAAACUCUAUGCGUCAGCCCUAUAUGGGUUGGCGUAGCCAGGAGAAACUAUCACAAAGAACAGCUCAUGAGAGAUUGGCCUCUUCCCUAUUGUCUCAACAGCAACGCACAUCUCCCACAACCCAUACAGUUCCGGCUAACACUGAUAAAUUACAACCUGUUACACCCGAGAUACAAUCCUCCAUAAAAGAGGUCACCUCGGCUAUUGUACAUUAUGUUAACGAUCAAACAAAUCAACAGCGCAGUAGAUCAACGAGUCCAAAUUCGAGAAAAUGUUGGCUUGAAUCAUCAUUUGUGGGCACACGUCCUUUGGACUCACCGCAGACACCAAUUAUUGAAAAUACACCCCUAAUAAGUGCUGCCCAGGCUGCUGCUGUAACAUCGUCAUCAUCACUGAGACCCUCGCUAUUGAACAACAAUAACAACAAUAUCAAUAAUAACAAUAACAAUUUACAAUACGCCAAUCAUAAUAUUGUUGAUGGUACAACCACAUUGAAUUUGUCAUCAUUAACAACGGGAAAUGACAUACAAUUAACCCGUAUGAACGGUGGUCUCAAUAACGGUACUAGUAGUAGUAGUGCCGGUGGUGUUAAUUUAGGAGUUGGUGAGUCAAAAAGAAAACCUCUUUUUCACCUCAAACAAAUACAAGAGUGCCUAAUGCCUGGCAAUCAAAUGCUUAAUGCUCCAGAACGUUCCCUGAGUAACGCAUCGCUAGAAGAUGUUUUAGCCUCCCUUUUAGGAUUGCCAACACAUCAAACUGGAGCCAACGCCAGUGAUGCUUAUGCUAGGUCCAGCACAGGAGGCGUUUUAGUUAGUGAGUCACAAACGCCUGCCAAACAACAACAGCAAAUCCAAUAUCAUAUGCCCCAAAAACAACAACCUUUACAACAGCUACAACUCCAACAAACCCAACAACUAGUGCAAAAAGAGAAUUUACUUGCUAUUUCCAAAGAGGAACAACAACGUUUGCGACGACGCAGUGAAGGAGAUGCGGCAACUAAACAGAAACAACAGCAGCAGCAACAGCAGCAAGAGCAACAACAUCAGUUCGAGCAAAAGUCCCAACAUUAUGCUGCAAAUGCCAAAACGUAUGCCAGUGAUACAAUCACCACCGUCACCCACACCAAUACGACGGCAAAUGGCCAUGCAGGUGGAGCGACCGCGUUCCUGCCUCCCCGGCGUGUAUCGCUCGGUGACUCCUCAGAGUCGAAUAAUCGAACAGCCAGCGCCUCUGGUGAGCUGCAGAUCAAGUGCCGCAAUAACAAGUGCGAUCGCACUGCCACGCCCGCCGACGCCAAAAAGUAUUACAAGUCAUGCCACAAUUGUACCUAUUUAUAUUGUUCGCGUGAAUGUCGCCGAGCCCAUUGGGAGAAACAUCGUAAAGCGUGUCUGCACUCCCGUGUCUCAAAUCUGUGCCGCCAAGUGUUAGCCUCCUGCAAGGAUGACAGCGAUUCUUUGCGCCACUUGAGCUUGCUGGCACGCAAAGGAUUCUUGUCGCAGGGGCGCGGUGUGGUCAGGAUUCUAUUUCGUUCUCCGGAAUCGGCUGAGGGUUUCAUCAAGAAUGGUUUUCAGUGUAUGGGUGAGGCUUCCUAUGUACGUUGGCCCGAUCUAAUGCCAGCCGAAAUGGGCCUGGAACUCUAUUCGGAAUUGUUGAAACUGAGCACUGAAUAUCGGCCCGAUUCCAAAAUGUUGGUCUAUGUGGCGGUGUGUGUGGUAUCGGAAGCUCCAGGCAUGGGUCAAGCCCCGGUGCGCUGGGAACGCCAGCUUGUUUCACGUUGUGCCAAAUUGAAACUUUGCAAAACUGUCUUAGCCGAGCUGGAACAACAGCAGCAACCUUUACCCCUACCCGUUACAGUGGUGGCUGUGCCCGAACCCACCACAGAAGUUCUUAUACUCACCUUCAAUCCUCAACUGCGCAGUUCCACGGCUCAGCGCGAAUUGGUUCUAUCCAACAUACUCGAUAUACUUUCAAGGCGUGGUGUGAUACUGCGCAAACAUUAUCCCGAAAUAUUCCAACGCCUUCAGACGUUCACCGAAGGUCAAACGGAUAAAUUCAAUCCGGUCACUUUGCAUCCUCGUGACUCUCACACUGGCCAAAAUUUCGUCUGCAUCAUAAUGCCCGUACAGUCGGAAACUGAAAUAAUUAAAUUACCCUCCAUUGCUGAUGGCGGCAAUCGUGUGACUACCAUCGAUGUGGGUUCUACGGCCGCUUUGGCGCAACUGGACGACGAUGAGCUGUUGACUCGCACUGCAACACUUGCAAGUUGAUUAAAAUCGUCCACACGUAGGGGUCAUAGAAAAAGUAGCUCAAAUUCCAGUAGUAAAAGUAGAAACACACCUUCGCCGCAACUGGUGUCAGCAGCUGUCACUACAUCGGCCGUGGAGGGUUUUAAUUUGGAAAGUACUCGUAUGUAAAUUUAGUUUAAUUCUUGACAUUGCUUUUAAUCUAACUAACUCUCCAUCUCUCUCUAUCUAAUUAACUAACCAACUACCUAUAGAGCUUGUUAUAUAGUGCCAUUUCAUAAUAUUAACUAACUCUCUCUCUAUUUAAUCUAAAAAAUAUUUAACAUCUAACGUAUCAUACAAGAAUUUUAACUUAAGCUUUAAAUUUUAACAAAAAACGAAGAAAGCUUGCAAUAGUAAAGCUUAAGUCAAAAAGCAAUCGUAAACAGCUUUCUAAAUAAAUAUGUUUAGCGUACUUUAACAUUCACACUCUAUAACUACUCAUGAUAGACAUGACAUGAUAAUUUCACACGAUAAAAAAGCUUUGUAGUAAGAUCUUUCAAAUGAAAGCAUUCUACAAAAGCUUUUAAAAAUCCCCAAAA